AUGGAACCGCUGCACCCUGACCGAGCCGCUGCCUUGCUCUCUGCCGGUGAACCCGCUGCCCUCCAGAGCUCCUCAGGGAAACGAGAGCUGACAGAGCGAGAGACGCUGCAGUGCUGCAGACUGACGGAGCAGAGAGACGAAGCUGAGAGACAACUCACACACAUCAAGAGAGUGUCUCAGAUGGUGAUUGAGGAGGUGAGCGUUCUGCAGACUCAGCUGGAAAUCGAAAAGUCGUGUCGGGAAAAUGCAGAGGCCCUGGCCACAAAGCUGAACUGUGAGAACAGGAAGUUGAAGUACAUGAGCCUGUCGUCUCGUCCGUGUUUGGACGAGCUGCUUCCCAGCAUCUCAGACUGCAUCGCUCUGGACGCAGACGCAGACGCUGCAGACGCUGCGGACGGCAGCCCUGACACCUUCACCCAGUACCAACAACAAGUUAAAGAGCUGGGUGAGACAGUCAACACCUUAUUGGAGGAGAAGAAAAAUUUUGUUUGUCAGAUUCAUGAACAGCAGAGACGGAUAGAAGAGCUGACUACACAGUCAGAGAAAGAUCAGACUGAGAUGAAGGAGCUUCGUGAGACCGUUGAGCAGCAACGUAAAACCAUCAAGAGAUUUAACAGAGUCUCCACGAUGGCGGCUCAGGAGUACGAUGGGAUGAAGGAUCAGCUGGACCUGGAGCAGAGCCUGAGAGUGAAAGCUGAGACCUACGCUCACGAGAUGCUGGUGAAGCAGAAGGAGGCCAACAGGCAGAGCAUGCUGCUGCUGCAGAGCUCUGAGCCCAGCAUUCAGCUCCUCAAAGCUCUGGAGGACGUGGCCUCCAUCACCAAAACCCUGGAGGAGGAGCGACUGCAGCACCAGCAGAAGGUGCAGACUCUGGAGGUCCAGCUGGAGCAGAGCUGUGUGGAGAAGCAGCUGGAGGCUCUGCAGAGGCAGCUGGAGCUGCUGGAGGUGGAGAAGAAGGAGGUGGACGGACGACUGGAGGAGACAGAGAAGAAGAACCAAGAGCUGGAGGAGCGAGUCCACCAGCUCCAGGAGACCCAGAAUGAGGUCUCCAUGACGACCAGCACGGCCCCUCCUCCCCCUGAACCUGGUCUGGCCCCGCCUCCUGCCCCUCCCCCUCAGCCUCCUCCUCCCCCUCCUCCCCCACCUCCUCCUCCUCCCCCUCCUCCCCCAUCGAGGUGCAACCCCCUCAGCUCUCUGAUCGCCAUCAUGAGGAAGACCUCCAAAGGCUCCAAGACCUCAGUGAAGGCAGAGCAGCCUGCAGCUGGUGAGGGCGGCGACGUGAAGGCGAAGGCCGUGAAUGAGAUGAUGGAGAGGAUCAAACAUGGAGUCGUCCUGAGGCCCGUCAAGAGUCAGGAGACCAAGGUGACCACCAGACCACCAGACCACGUGAGACCACCAGACCACCCGCCUCCCGUCUGUGAGGAGAAACCUCAGGAGAGCGCCAUGGAGGAGCUGAAAGGCAUCCUGGAGACGGUGAAGAGGAGCCCCAGCCGAGGCUCUCAGGAGUCGGGGCCGUCGCCGUCGGCGAAGAAGGACAGCGAGCUGGAGGUGAUCCUGAGACGCCGACGCAACAAGGCGGGAGAAGCCGGCUCCGAGCGUGACGGUCAGCUGAUCCACGUCUCCUCCUCCGACAGUCUGAACGGGAGGCCGGCCAGCAGCGACUCGGGCCGGGACCCCGAGGGCUCGCUGAGCGUCCCAUCCGACGCCGCCACCGCCUCCGGUCCCAGGGUCGGUCCGGAGAGACGGGGGUCGGGACCGGGGCCCGUCGUGGCCCGGAGGAGGAGCUCGGGGGCCAGCAGGGAGCCCAGAGGAGGCUCCUGGCAGGAGAGGAGGUCCUGCAGCUCUCUGAGCGAGAAGGAGCCGCUCAGCAACGGCUGCGUGGACAGCGCGGCGGAGACGUGCGUCCAGACAAACGGAGUCCAACCGGCCGAGGACGGCGUCCCGGUGAACGGCACCGACGCCGCCGCAGAGUGCUAA